GUUUUCUUUUUUUUUUUUUGCUGUUGCUUUUGUUUAACAAUUUCUUCUCACUGAUGAUCCAGCAAGGGGAAGCUACUCCUACGAAAGCAAAAAAACAAAAUCUCUGAGAACUAUUCUGUGUAAGAUUUUUCGUUGGCGAGCUGACAAAAGUUAAUGAAAAGAGGACAUUCCAAAUAGGAGUUGAAGUUGAACUACAAAAUGUUUCCUGUCUCUCACAAAACAGUUUUUGUUCUUGAUCAUAGUUCGUACUUUGCGCAGCCUUGUGGGCAGCCGAUGGAGUAUGAUGUGAUUCCUCGAACAAAGGCACCAGGUUUCAUCCCUGCAGCACCUGUCACAAAGCCAUUAUGGACCUGCAGUGUAGAGUGUCUGUUUGAAUAUAUGAGAAUUGUAUUUGACAUCUACCCCACCAAUCGACUUAUACGGGUGGUUGUUGGAAACCGAUGCAUGAAUAGCUGGGCCCAAAAGGAGAUGAACAUGAACCAGCUGGCUGUGGCACUAGCCAGUGUGGGGCCACCUUGGCAAGAGGCUGUAGACGAUGAUGAGUUUAGUGCUGUGCAAGGGUUGUCACAAGCUGUGGAGGCACUCUGCCAACCAUCCCCAGCUCAGGAGGAAUAUCUGGCUUCCCCUGCACAAGACCAGAUACCACUAGUGAACAAUGGUCGCAUUAUUUGCCUCACACACAUGAAGAGUGAGGCAUAUGUACGAAGUCUGGAAGAGUGUGUUAUUGAUGCCAUUGUACAGCACAACAAAUUAGCAUCUGCCUCAGAACUUCUUCUGCCAAUCAAUCAGUGUGAAGUGACAUUGAUUCACAUCACUCCAGUUGGGGAAGACUCACAUAUUUCAUCACAAGCACGCAGAGAGUUGUCAGACGUGGUCAACAGUGAAGUGCACGUUGCUCAGUCAGGAAAGUUUCUUUACUUUAAGACAGUUGCUCUUGUUCAGGAGCACUAUGACUUGUCGUCAACUACUGUUACAGGCAUUCCCAUGAAGGAGGAGCAAAAUGCAAACUCAUCUGCUAACUAUGAUGUGGAACUUCUCCAUCCAGCAGCCGUUCACAGUGACAUUAUGAAGCAAGAACAAGCAGAGGGGAUAAUCAUUCCAUCAAAGGAAGGUCUUCCUACAACGACAAUUACUCUCAAAUGGUGCACACCAAAAUCCAAUGUAGUUGAAUUGCACAACUGCUCAGGUGCUUACAGAAUCACGCCUGUUGAUGUAAAUAGUCGACCCUCUUCUUGUCUCACCAAUUUUCUACUUGCUGGGCGGGCAGUUAUGCUGGAGCAGCCACGCAAGUCUGGGACUAAGGUCAUAUCACAUAUGCUUGCCAGCCAUGGAGGAGAGAUUUUUGUUCAUGCUAUUCCCACAUGUCGAUCAAUCUUGGAGGAUCCACCAUCCAUUAGUGAGGGCUGUGGGGGAAGAGUUACUGAUUAUCGAAUCAAGGAUUUUGGAGAGUUCAUGAGGGAAAACCGAUUGGCCCCAGCAGCACCAACCAUGCUAUCAACUAUGCCAGUCAAACCUAUAAAUAAGGCUCUUGAGCGCUUGGAGCGAAGCAGCCGCUUCUGGCCAAUUGUUAUAAGUGACACACUUGUAGGCAACCUCAUGUCCACCAUCAGUCCUCUCCCAGCCUUUAUGGUGAAGGAAGAACUGACAGAUGAUGAGGUCUUAGAGUGCAAGAAGGUUAUUUAUAAUAUUGUGUCGCUGGAAGCUAAGAAUGAAGUCUUGCCUGUCCCUGUCGUUGGUUCACGAGGCAAAGGUCCUAAAAGAGAAGAGCAGUACAAGCAGCUGUGGAAUGAGCUGGAGAACCUGGUGCGAGCAUACUCUGACACUUCCAGUCAACAUGCCAAAGUGCUGGAGUGUUUACUGGAGUGCAAGAAACCUACAGGACCUAGUGGCGAUCAACUGCAGCAGUCACCACGUAAUUUGUCUGAUGCCAAGAUUCCAUCAGAAGAAAAGCUGGACACAAAGCAGAUUGAACAAAGCUGGCGAGAUCUUGACAAGUUUCAGCGGAUGACAGAAAGAGAAAAGCAAGAGCUUCUCAAGGGGGAGAAAUCAUUUGAUUCUCCUCCUAGUAAGAAGACAAAGACUGAGGAGCUAAUAAUGCAGCCUGGGGGUCAAAAUCUGUUGUCACUGUGGACCAAACGUGUCGCUUCCAUUAACAACAAGCACCAUGCUGAAUUUGCUGGCCGCCUUGAGGGCAGUGGUCUGAAGGCUAAGUUAUAUCCCCAUCUGGACAAUGAAGAUAUGGAAGGCGGAAGUAAUGGUAGCAACAAGUCUCAGAGUAACAGUCAGACAUUGACAGGAGGAACUCAGCGAUAACGUGUGACAAGAAAUAUUUGUUGAUAGAAGUGUUCCAGGAUGCAUAUUGGGAUCUGCAGUCUGCAUACAUCAGAAACCAAAAAUAAAAUUUGUUCAUCAAAUUUCUUCAUUUACAAAUGAGUUUUGUACAGAUAAGAAUGCUUGUUACUUAUAAAAUAGAAAUUAAGUUGCAAAAAGAGUUCGUGAUUCUACAAGAAGGGUUAUCACAUGAAGUCUCCGAAACAGCAAUGACCGUGCAGAGUGUUUCUAAAGGUCUAGUUGAUACUUUGCCUUGUGUAUAUAUAUUAUAUAUUAAAUCUUCUUUACUUGUACACAGAAACUAAACCACAUUUGAUUAAACUUGUGCAGUCGAAACAGUUAAAGUAAUUGACUGAGUGGAUGCUCGAUUUUGCUGCUGUAAUUACCUUCUAAACAUCUAUCAUUAUUUCCAUUCAAUUUAAAGUAAAAUGUAAACAUAAUUUUACUGACAUUACCGAAAUAUUAACUGUAUUUUCCACCACCAAUUGUAGGAGUGUGGUGGCUUGCACGCCUUGUCGAUCCAUAGAGUUAUAUUGGCAGAAGCCUUGUGCUCCUGGCAGGUCUCAUCAAGCCAAACAGGUCUGUCAGCAAGUCAGCUCAAGUGGCAAGAGAAAUGAGAAAAUACAACAUCAGGGUUCUUGGGUUAUGCGAAACCAGAUGGAAGUGGCUAGACCAGACUCAUAUAAGAAGAAACCAUUAGUAGGCAAGGUGUUGUUGCAGCCCUAUGCUCCUCAAGGAGUAGCAAGGAAUAAAUUUUAUCCUAGUUCAGGGGAGAUGUUUUUAUUUGCUGCUUACUCUCGCCAUAUAGUACAAAGUUUUGUGUGUGUGGAACAGUGCCAGAAUUAUAUAAUUUAUUUCAGAUAAUUCAACUUUGGAUGAUUUAGUUAUUCCAUAAAAGGUAAUAAAUUUUUCAGAAAGUGGUAAGUA